ACAAUUCCCAGGAUGCAACAUGAAUCAGGAAACCGCUUUAACCAAUGAGCUGCAGUUCUGAACUGUAAUAAAAAUGGCUGUGUCUUCUUUUGGUUGUGAACAUUAUAAACGCAAUUGUUUACUAAAAGCUCCAUGCUGUAGUAAAUUGUAUGUGUGUCGUUUGUGCCAUGACGCCAAAGAACAGCAUGUAAUGAAUCGUUUUAAGGUGAAAGACGUACAGUGCGCAUCGUGUCUUAGAACACAAAAGGCACAGCAAACCUGUGAAUCCUGUGGGAUUGUGUUUGGGGAAUAUUACUGUAACAUAUGUCAUCUUUAUGAUGCAGAUAAGCAGCAGUAUCACUGUGAUCCAUGUGGUAUUUGCAGAAUUGGCCCUAAAGAAAAAUAUUUCCAUUGUGUGAAGUGUAAUCUUUGCUUGGCCAUUGAUCUUGAAGGAAAUCACAAGUGUGUUGAAAAUGUCUCCAGGCAGAACUGCCCUGUUUGUAUGGAGGACAUUCACACAUCAAGAAUAGGCGCACAGGUUCUAUCAUGUGGCCAUCUUCUCCACAAAACAUGUUACGAAGACCUGGCAAAGUACAAGGAAUAUAGAUGUCCUUUAUGUAAACAUUCAGCUUGGAAUAUGGAAAACUGUUGGGAAGAAAUGGACAAAGAAAUAUCUCAAACCCCUAUGCCAACAGAAUUUCAAAAUGCAACUGUACAGAUUUUGUGCAAUGACUGUCAAACCCACUGCACUGUAAUAUUCCAUGUGCUGGGACUAAAGUGCAACAAUUGUGGAUCAUACAAUACUGCCCAGAAUGGAGGAUUGUCUUUUCAACAAUCGCAGACUUGACAAGAAGACUGUUUUGCUCCUGUUUCAUUUUUUUUGUUCUUAUAAACACCAGCAAUCAAAUUAAAGAACUAUAGAGUGUAUAUGCCUUGCUUUCAGUUUACAGUCCCAUUUAAAUAUUCAUCGAUCAGCUUUAGUUCGCAUGAGUGCUUCUGUAAAUUAUCAUUUUAAUAACAUGUCUUUAAAUGGUUAGUAUGACAUCUUCUAUUUGUCAAAACACCAUAAUUGUGUACUUUAGGCAUAGAAAGUAAACAGAGAUUCUCCCAAACAGCCUUCUUUUGAAGGGUAUUGUUCUUGCAUGUUUGUUAUUCUAAACGCUAAACUACAGAAAGGCAUUUUAUUUAGUUUUUCCUUCUGUCCAAUGUUGGACAUUAUUGUGUGUUGUAAUGUUGUUUUUUUUUUUUGUUUUUUUCUUCCCAAUUAUGUUCUUAUAAGGGGUGAUUUACAAAAUAAUGAUUAUAUUUUUAUUCCCCAUUACUGCAUUAAAUAAUUGAGCAUC